UAUCGCGAAGGAGAGACUACUGCUUGUGACUUAACGUGAGAAUGAACGUGUUUUCGCUAUGUGAGGUGCGGUGGUUGCACUGACAGCACCCCCGGAGUUUGGUUAUCCCACUGAGGUACGCAGGCCCUUCGGUUGUGUGAGGUGCGGAGGCUGCGUUGACAGCACCCCCGGAGCCCGGUUGUCCCUCUGAGGUACCAGGUGGAAGAUGAAACAUCCCACCUGGAUGAGAUGCCCCUGAUGAUGUCGGAGGAGGCUUUCGAGAAUGAUGAGAGCGACUACCAGACCCUUCCUCGGGCCCGGGUCAACCAGAAGCAGCGUGGGCUGGGCUGGUUCAUCCUGGGCGGCUGGAAGAUAGUAUGCUGCAGCUGCUGCGAGUGGCUGGCCCACAUCUGCCGCAGGAAGAAGGAGCUCAAGGCACGCACCGUUUGGCUGGGCUGCCCGGAGAAAUGUGAGGAGAAGUACCCGCGCAAUGCCAUCAAGAACCAGAAGUACAACGUCUUCACCUUCGUGCCUGGGGUGCUGUACCAGCAGUUCAAGUUUUUCUUGAACCUCUACUUCCUGGUGGUGGCCUGCUCUCAGUUUGUCCCAGCUCUGAAAAUCGGAUACCUUUAUACCUAUUGGGGCCCUCUGAGCUUCGUGCUGGCUGUGACGAUGGUGCGUGAAGCCGUCGACGAGGUACGCCGCUACCGGAGGGACAAAGAGAUGAACUCGAUGCUGUACGGCAAGCUGACAGUGCGAGGUAAAGUGCAGGUAAAGAGCUCCGACAUACAAGUGGGCGACCUGAUCAUCGUGGAGAAGAACCAGAGAAUACCCGCUGACAUGAUUUUUCUCAGGACGUCGGAGAAAAGCGGGUCGUGUUUCAUCCGUACGGAUCAGCUGGAUGGAGAGACGGACUGGAAGCUGAAAGUCGCCGUGGCCUGCACACAGAGGCUCCCCGCGCUGGGGGACCUCUUCUCAAUCAGUGCCUAUGUCUAUGCCCAGAAGCCUCAGCUGGAUAUUCAUAGUUUUGACGGUAAUUUCACAAGGGAGGACUGUGAACCCGCCAUCCACGAGAGCCUGAGCAUCGAAAACACGCUAUGGGCCAGCACCGUCGUGGCCUCGGGCACAGUGAUUGGGGUGGUGAUCUACACGGGCAAAGAGACCCGCAGUGUGCUGAACACCUCCCACGCCAAGAACAAGGUGGGGCUGCUGGAUCUGGAGCUGAACCGGCUUACCAAGGCCCUCUUUUUAGCCCAGGUGGUACUGUCCGUCGUCAUGGUAGCACUGCAGGGCUUCGUGGGCCCUUGGUUCCGUAACCUCUUCCGCUUCACGGUGCUCUUCUCCUACAUAAUCCCAAUCAGCUUGCGGGUCAAUCUGGACAUGGGCAAGGCUGCCUACGGGUGGAUGAUCAUGAAGGAUGAGCACAUUCCCGGCACCGUGGUUCGAACCAGCACUAUUCCGGAGGAGCUCGGGAGGCUGGUCUACCUGCUAACGGACAAAACGGGCACUCUGACGCAGAACGAGAUGAUUUUCAAGCGCCUCCACUUGGGGACCGUAUCCUACGGCACAGACACGAUGGACGAGAUCCAGAGCCACAUCACGCAGUCGUACGGCCAGGUCAGUUCCAACGGCAGCAGCACCAGCUCCACACCCUCCCGCAAGCCGCCUCCAGCCCCCCCGAAGGUGCGCAAGAGCGUCAGCAGCCGCAUCCACGAGGCCGUCAAGGCCAUCGCCCUGUGCCACAACGUCACGCCCGUGUACGAGUCGCACUCCGGCGAGACCGAGUCCGUGGAAGCCGACCAGGACUUCAGCGACGAGAACCGCACCUACCAGGCCUCCAGCCCCGACGAGGUCAGCGGCCGCUCUCACUCUCUCACUCACUCACUCUUUUAAUUCACCGUGGUGUUA